GAAGCACAUCCACGGCUACACUCAGCGAAGCACAGCGGGACUGCUCUGAGAACCUUCCCUGUGCUCUUUUCCUUUCUCCUUUGCAUUUCUUUGCCGUCAUCAUUCUUACUUUUGCAGCAAAAAGUGUUUUCUUUACACGCUCAGGCUGGCAACCAUUGAUCCAGGCAUAAUGGAGUUAUCACUGAUGUCAGCACAGCAUUUUCCGGCUGUGAGCGGGGCCUUCAUGGAUUCUCCGUACAACGGCAAUACGUCCUUGCAGACGUCCACGUCCAACCUCAACACCGGCUAUUCGCGACCCUCAGAAGCAGAGGAUGAUGGGAAAGUGUCCAGUGACACCAUUUGGCUGUGGAUUGCUGUGCUGGCAACCAUUGGGAACAUAGUGGUGGUGGCUGUGGUUUGUGCCUGUGCCUUCUGACAGAACGGAGGACGAGUGGAGCUAAAACUGCUGCUGCUGCUGCUGGACAUGGGAGACCUUGUAUAUCCUGGAAAUAUAUUUUUCUUCAGAAAUGAUGUAAAAUAGCCUUACUUUUAGAUGGACACCAUGGAUUUUUGGAAAUGCCAGCUUUAAUUUAAGGUUUGCAAGGGAAUUUGCAUGGGAUUCUUCAUUCAAGUUUUUCACUCAUUUGUUUAAAACAACUACCAGAAUGAAAUGAUGAGCUGAUUGUGACUUUUCUGUUCAGUUGUACAUCCCAACAACUAUAAGAGAAAAGCCACAAAACAAAGAUUACCAAUGGUACCAAUGGGAUUUUACCACUGGGGAAACUGGGCAAUGCCAAACCGACCAAAUUCAGACCACAAACAUACAGAAGCCAUGCAUGUAUAUAGUUUGGUACAUUUUAUCUAACUAAACAUUAAUAAAACUACCCUGCACAUAUUUAGCGUCUUAAAUUAUCCAAGUGAAACCUACACAUUACAGUUUGUUCUAUGUUACUUUCAUGUCAUACGUAGUUUAAAUACAAUCCUGCUGUAGACUUUGUACUGGUUAUUACUGGAGAGCUUAGUUUAAGUUACAUUUAAUGCAUUCAUAACUCUUAGCUUGUUAACCACCAAAGAAACUAGAUACUACUACAUAGAAAGUGAUCAUAAUUCAGCAUUUGUUUCUUUGUGUAUAACCUGUUUAAAAUGUAUUAAAACACAUGACUAUGA